AUGGCAUUAUCAGAGAUCGAUUAUGGGGGAAGAAUCCCUGUAGAGAGGCUUGGCAACCUAAUCCACGGCUGGGGACAUAUCUUAAGUUUGGGCAUGGGAGGUAACCCAUACUUCACUCCCGAGUACUACACCUGGUAUAGGUUGGAAGGAAUUCUAGCUCAACCAAGUCUUAUGUCUCUCCAAGGGCUGGCUGACAUUCACAGAGUGGACCAAAUUCGAGAGCAGCUGCUUCAUCUUAGGCUUGUAACCACAGCCAUGUACGAGCAGGUGAUUCCUAGAUCGGUGGAUCACCUUAUCCCUACUAUUGAUGAUGAACCUAAGGAAGAAAUGGAGGAAGAUCCUGAGGAAGAUCCUGAGGAGAUGGAGGAAGAUCCUGAAGAGGACCCAGAGGAGGAUCCCGAAGAGGACCUGGAGGAAGAUCCGGAGGAGGAAUCAAUGGAAGAGCAGGAUGGGGAGUUGACAGAGGAGAUAGAGGAAGACCCUAAGGAAGAAGAGUAUGGACCUAUAGACUUCGGCGGAGCAGACGAAGACUUCCAAGGGCAGCAGUUAGACGGAUCCCUAGAGUAUCACCCUAGGCCUUAUUAUGACCUCGAUGAUGAUGAUGAUCCCCCCAGUUGGCCUUAG